AUUUACAUUUCUGCUCAAUGUUUAAUAAUGUAUAUUUACAAAAGAUGACGUGAUGUUCUGUAAUGUUAACCAACCUUUGAAUUGUUUCAUCCAUCGCUGAAAUAUCGACAUUUAGCCAGCUUUCUGUUCAUGCACUGCUUGAUUUGUGAUUUUGAGUACUUGGUGCCAGGGGAAAAUCAACAGUAAUGCGAACGUCACCAUCGUGUUCAAUGUAUAAACAUAUCACUAGGGUGAAUUUUAGCUAGCCAGUCAAUCAUUCAUUGCAAACAAUGCCUCUGACUGUCAAAUUCGAACGUAACGUUAGCAACAAUACAAAGGCAAGCCCAAAACAAAAGCCACCUGCAACGGUACUUAGCUAGCGACUGUUAGCUGUGUAACCUCAUCUUUCAAUGAAGUGUCAUUGAUUUGUGUUAGCCACUUCAUCAUCAUUCAGCAACCAACCAACUCGUCUAGAGUUACAGCAUCACACGUUAGUUAUAAAAUACUGGCCAAUGCAAUGGCUAAUCUCAUGCGUGUACCAUAUUCAUUUCCUUUAUUUGUUUAUCAUUUUGCUUGUUUUUAUUUUUUAUAGUACUACUGAUAUUGAUUACUUCUUUGUUUGGAAAGAGCAAUAAAAGCAUUUCACUGUACUUGUGUACAAUAAAACUUAACUUGUUGAGAUGAAUAAGAAAAAGUUGGCAGAGGAACAUAUGAAUGAAUACUGGAUUGUGUAGGGAUUUAGAGGGACAGUUUUAGCAAGAUACCUUGCAGGUAGAGGGCAAGUGCUUUAACUUUUGUGCCAUAAAUACUCAGACAUCAGUCUUGGCACCCUUGUCCUAUGGUUUGAGUAGAGCAGCCCUGACUGAGAUGAACUGGGACAACCAGCUGAGCUCCAUCCUCUCAGCAGCUGAUGGCAGUGUUGCCAAGAUGAGGGAGAGACUGACCACGCCAGGGAAUUAUCCAAAAGGAAGAGAAGUUGAUCUCUAUCCAGUCAGGGAGGUGGCUAGUGUGUCAAAUUUGGAGCUCCCUCGUCUCCCCCCUCUCCCCGAGUCCUCAAUCUCUCUCCUUCCCCCUCCCUCCUCCGCUGUGCAGUGGGCAGACCUGGCAGCCGUCCAAUCACAACUACAGAUCCAGAGCCAGGCCAUAGAGUCUCUGACCCAAAGUCUUCAUGACAUGGACAGAGAGAAACACUCUCAGCAGCGCCACAUACAGGCACUACAAGACGAGGUUCGCAGGCUGCGAGAGCACGUGACGGAGAGGGAGAGAGAGCGGGAACGAGAAAGGGAUGGAGAGAGGAGAGGGUCAGGGAUGACGAGUCCAGAAGUGGAGAGAAGGAUGGAGCAGUGGAGGAGAGAGGUGGGCCGUGAGCUCAGCACUCUGAGAAGGCACAUCACCAGAGCCACAUCGCAAGGCAACCUGGAGGAGAGUUUCAGCUCUAAGCUGCGAAGGGAGGAGUUGGAUCAUUUGAGGAGAGAGGUGGACACACUCAAAACCCAGCUCAGGAGGCAGGAGGAGGACAUGUUUCUUCAGCAGUCGGAGGCCAGAGAGACGAGGAGGCAGUAUGAACACAGCUGCAAGACACUAGAGGAACUGAGAGACAGCUACAGAAACCACAGUUUUGACCUGGCCAAGACUGUUUCUCAAUACACACACACAGAGCAGGAGGUCUGCCAGAUCAGGAUAACUGUAUCAGAGCUGAAGGACGAGAUCAGGAGUCUGAUUCUCCGGGAGAGGCAUCACACACCUACUGUUACACUACACACAGCAGUUCCAGCAUUAGCUGCCUUCUCCCGCUGUAAAGAGGUCAGUGGUCAAAAGGCGGAGCCAGACUCGGACUCUGAGGACUUCAGUCCCACCCCCAGUCUGGCUGAGGUCAGCUCUGAUGACCUGUCCUGGCUGGAUGAUAGAGACACAGCUCCUCGUCUAGCAGUACCUCGGGUACGUCAGAGCUCCCAUUCUGCAGGAAAUGACCUCAGAGGACCAGGAAGUGGCCUGGACGAUGAUGAUCUUGAUGAUGAUGAUGGAAACCUGGAGUUGGGGUCAGACAGCCCCCCCGACCUCAGCCUCAAUGACCUUUGAGAGGCUUCGUCAUGCAAUAGUGUUCUAGAAUGCUAGGAGUUCUUUCUUUGAGAAGUUUUAAAUGUCUCCACAUGUGGAGACCGAUAAAGAAGUUUUUGGGCACAAACCUUAAACCCUGACUAAAGAGGAUGAUGAAAAGGCUCAACUCAGCUUGAGAAAAAGAAAGCACCUUAUUUUAUAAACUCCUACGUAAUUAUGCGCUGUCUAUUGUCGUGUCAGUGUUUUUUGGGAAAAGGUGUACGAUAGUGUUUUGUAUUACACACCAGUAGUAUUUAAUUCAACAGUGUGGCAUCAUUCUGUGAUUGCCUUAAUGAAUUACAUCUGGGGAAAGCUUUGAUUUCACUGAUGAUAUACAACUUGAUGAUCACUAGUGUUUUUGAGUCUAAGACCAUUAGUAAAACCUAAUUAAUAAGUAUGGUGGACUGAUGUUUACUUUCACUAUCUAAGGCUGAUGCAAAUCAGUGAGGUGCUAGCUCUUAUUUGGUACUGUAUUUUUAUCUAUUUACUGUAAAGUAUUGAGAUGCAGCCCAGGCCUCUCUUCCCUCUCGUCUUUGGACCACAGACAAGUCCUGCUGUGUAACAUGAGUCAGUCUGUUUAAUAUUUCAGCAGUUAGAGACUGUCUAGCCAGAUAACAACCCCCCCCCCCCCACAUGAAGGGGACAGGCCCAUGGAGCGAGGGACCACAGAUGGGCUGGGGAGAAGAAGAGGGGGGUUAAUGGAGGGGGCAAUGGGGAAGGGGUGAGACAGGGAGGGGCUUUGGCCAUAGUGAUGACACGUUUUAAUGUGGAUGAAUCAGGGCUUUCUCUUACAGUUCUAUCACACAGCCAAGUACUAGACCGCUGCUUGUUUAAAUGUUACAUUGACUCACUGUACGGCCUGUAAAACAAAUGUGAUUUUGGGGCUCCUGCAAUAAAAUUCUGGAUAAAGAGCUGUAAUAAAAUAGUUCAUUUGUUGUAGUAA